AUGAAGGAUGCACUUAGACAACCUGCUACUCCUGAUAGCGUUGACUUUAUCAAUAACCUCAUGCUCGAGAUACAACAGAAUAGAGAUAGGUUACAAGCUCGUGCCGAAGAGUUAGUUGAGAAUGGUCAGUUUGGCAGUACUGAUCGGAUAUUUGAAGUACUAGAACAGGUAAGUCAAAUGGAAUCCCGUUUUGAUAAUUGGACUCGGAGUAUUACACAACGAGACCAACAAGAAGAUGCUAGGAAUAGGCAAUUUGGAAGAGGGAAUAGUCGAUUCAAUACUCGAGAUGGAGGGAAUACCACGGCAGCAAGCAUGAGAGACCCAUUAGCUACUAUACCAUCCUUUGGAUUCAAUGAGGAGACACAACGGCUCAAUGAUGCUACUGAUGAUGAUGAGGAGCCUGAUGAGGAUAAUGAUAACGCAUAUGAGGACUAUGGAUUCAAAGCACUCGAACCCGUACCAACACUAGCUCUGCCUGGUGUUGCUGGCCGCUCUAGACAGUCUGACAAGGUAUCAUCGAGGGGUAACCAUGGUGGCAGUAGUAAGGCUCGACGACCCGAGUCGAAAGCUCACAAGAAGAAAAUACGCUCAGCUCGGCGUACCUCACCCCGUGAGGAGAAGGAGGAGGAGGAGGAAUCGUCGCCCUUCGGUACGGUGUUGGAAACUACUGAUAAACUACCACGGCAACAUCCAACAACAGAUGACCAUCACCUUGCAUGGGAUUGGGACAAUGCUUUCGGCAAUCCUAAUGAAGAUGCCUUCCAAGUCGGCUUUCCAGACCUGACCAUGGCUGGUACACAAAAGGCGAGUUUUGGUCAAACUAAUGGGGCGGCGCCCAAACAGAAGAAGGAAGCAGGCUUCGACCCAAGCCUCCAACGUGGCAUCAAUGAUAAUGAUGCAGCCUUUGGUGGUGGGACAUCAGGCUAUCAGAAGGGUGUAUGUACUGCCUCGUAUUCGGCGGCCCGUAUGCGUAUUGAUAUUGGAUGGGAUAGUGGUGCAUCGGAUAUGUUCGGUUCCGAUAAGAAGACUGCUCGUGCCAAUCUAGAAGGGUUGUUCAUUGACGCUGUUGCCAAGGCCUUGAAGAUUGAUCCAUCGAGAGUGAGAGUCAACAACGUAGUAUUAUGA